AUGGAAGGCAUCAAAAGCUUUAAACACUUUAUUGAGUUUUUCCAUAUCAGACUACCAAAACUUAGAGAGUUUUCACUUGAUAAAUUUGAACUUGAAACUUUUAUUGAUGUGCCUGAUAUUCCAAACCCUAUUUCGUAUACCUCGGUUCCUGAUUUGGUUGCAAAAAACGGAGACUUAAUCAGGUACUCGCCAGAAAACAAUGAGUUUGACUUGACUAAUGAGCAAGACAAUACAGAUAUAUUAUUCUCGACUACAGGAGGGCAAGACUACGGUGAUCGUAAUAAAAUUGAUGAUGAUGAUGAUGAUGAUGAUGAUGAAGACAUGGAAAUUUUCCUCUUUUCUGAUAUGAUAAAUUUCACCACCCAAUCGUCACAAGAAAUUUUACAAUCUUCAUCUCAAAUUGAUCAAUCUCUAGAGAAUGCACUCAUUUAA